GGCACCUGCAGGGCAGAAACAGUCACUCACACACAAUGAAGGUCGCCAUCCUCCUGCUUAUGCUCAAUCUGCUCGGUGUCUCCAGUGUGAUGAUGAAUAAAAAUCUCAAAAAGAAGAUUGAAGGGAAUUGGCAAACUGUUUACUUAGCUUCUAGUUCUGUCGAGAAGAUAAAAGAAGGCUCACCCUUGAGAACCUACUUUCGUCGCAUUGAAUGUGGGAAGAAAUGCAAGCAAAUCUACCUCUAUUUUUAUGUCAAUUGUUCUUUGGGUAUUGGGGAUUCAACUGUGGCCCAGCAUGUACCACAGAUCCCAGGACUCCAUCCUCAGCACACAGGUGUGGCCUAUAUGGCCAACAUCCCAGGGCUUGGUGAGUGGAGGAAAGGGACCAACUGCCAGAAGUAUGAAAUCAUAGGAAAGAAAAGGCAAGAAUUUUACCAGGCACAGUAUGAAGGAAAAAUAACAUUCAUGGUAAAAAUGGUGAAUGAGAAGAUAUUGCUGUUUCAUUAUUUUAACAAGGACCAUACGGGGAAAGUCACACGAGUAGCUGGAAUUCUGGCAAAAGCCAAACAACUGACUAAGGAUGAGAUGACACAGUAUAUGGACUUUGUGGAGGAAAUUGGCAUUGAGGAUGAGAAUGUACAACGUGUCCUGGACACAGACACCUGUCCAAAGAAGAUCAAGACUAGAUGACAGCAUCAGGAAUUUUCCAAUAAAUCCUUCCUGAAGCCUGAAACAUCAAUAUGAAGAUGGAGCUUCUUUUCUCUUAGAAGAUCACAUCUCCCUAUUUACUGUAUAUUACAAUUCCUGUCUCCAUAUUUUCUCUUUCAUCUGUCCUUUCCUGUGUUCUAAUCAGGGUUAGUGCAUCUUUGAAUAUUUAAAUAAAUUUUUUCACUUGCAUACACUUCUUUGAAGAAAGAAAGCUAAAGCACAAUACACAUAAGUAUCUAUUGGACUUUUUUAAAAGGAGAGGAGGGUUGGAUAGAUUGAUUGAAGG